AUUUUAACGACAGCAGUGCCGCCAUCUAUUCGAGCUUCGUUUUCAGUACACGAGGUUGUAUUUUUGAUGUCAUGAUCUGUAGAAUAUGAAAAUAAAUAAAAUUGGUUUCAAAAAUGCUACCAGUUAUGCAACUUGUUACAGAUCAAUUAAAGCGACGUAAUACUUUAAUGUUACCAUCAUUGUUAAGACAAUUAAGUCCUAGGGCAGGAUUUACGCAAAGUGUUCGAAGAGCACGAAAUACAGAUAAAUCAGUAUCAUCGUUGUUUCAACCUGAACCUGUGAAAUCAACCCCGGAUCUGAAUGUUGGUGCCGAAUUAACUGGUGCUUUGAAAAAACGUGAUGUUGUACAAAUUUUAAGUACUUUUGCAAAAACGAGUUCAGUUAAAGAGUUAAGUGCAAAACAUGGAUUAGAUGAUGCAAUUUUUAAUUCAGCUAUGGGACAUUUUCGUCGAUUUUGUGUGGAAUCUAAGACACUUCCAACAGAUCUGCAUAUUAUUAUAAGUGACAUUAGUCGAAAUGCUGGAAACAUUACAGAUAUAUUUCCAUAUUUUUUACGUCAUGCCAAACAAAUGUAUCCACACCUUGAUUGUUUAGAAGAGUUAAAGAAAAUCAGUGAUUUACGAAAUCCUGCUAACUGGUAUCCUAUAGCAAGGUCAAGGAAGAGAAAACUUAUAUUUCAUUCUGGACCUACAAAUAGUGGUAAAACUUAUCAAGCUUUAAGACGUUUUAUGUCAGCAAAAAGUGGCGUUUAUUGUGGGCCAUUAAAAUUGUUAGCUGCUGAAGUUUUUAACAAAUGUAAUCAAAUGGGUACUCCUUGUGAUUUAAUAACAGGGGAAGAACAUAGGUAUGCAAAAAAUGCAUCAGCUCCUGCAAAUCAUAUAUCAUGUUCUGUAGAAAUGGUAAACAUACAAAAUACUUAUGAGGUUGCUAUAAUUGAUGAAAUUCAGUUGAUACGUGACCUUACUAGAGGUUGGGCAUGGACAAGAGCUUUUCUUGGAAUUGCUGCAGAUGAAAUACAUUUAUGUGGUGAAAGUUCUGCCAUUCCUAUAAUAGAGUCUAUAUGCCUAACAAUAGGUGAACAAUUAGAAGUGAAAACAUAUAAACGAUUGACUAAGCUUGAAAUAGAAAAUAUAGCGCUUCGUUCGUUCUGCAAUGUUCAAGCAGGAGACUGUAUAGUAUGUUUUAAUAAAAAUGAUAUAUUUACGGUAUCAAACGCUAUUGAAAAACUGGGAAAGAAAGUGGCAGUAAUAUAUGGCAGUUUACCACCAGGUACAAAACUUGCACAGGCUGCAAGAUUUAAUGAUCCCAAUGAUCCUUGUAAAAUAUUAGUUGCAACAAAUGCAAUAGGAAUGGGUUUAAAUUUACAUAUACGCAGAAUAAUAUUUUAUUCUCUGACUCAGCCAGGUCUAAACGAGAAAGGCGAAAUAGAAGUCAGCUUAAUUUCUGUGUCAUCUGCAUUACAAAUAGCAGGUCGUGCUGGUCGUUAUGGAACACAGUGGGAGACAGGUUUUGUUACAACUUUUAAAUACGAAGAUCUUAAUGUCUUGAAACAGUUAUUGCAAAAGACUCCAGACGAAAUAGAGCAAGCUGGACUUCAUCCAACACCCGAUCAGAUUGAAUUAUAUGCUUACUAUUUACCAAAUGCGCCAUUAUCAAAUCUCAUUGACAUCUUCAUUGCACUAUGUAGGCUCGAUGAUUCUUUAUAUUUUAUUUGUAAUUUGGACGAUUUUAAAUUUGUCGCGGAUAUGAUAGAACAUAUACCUUUACCUCUUCGGACGAAAUAUGUAUUUUGUUGUGCACCAGUUAAUAGAAAAGUUCCAUUUACGUGUAAUAUGCUUUUAAAGUAUGCCCGACAAUGUAGCAAAAACACUCCAAUAACUAUUCAAUGGUUGUGCCUUCAAAUUCAAUGGCCUUCGAAUGUGCCAAUAAAUCUUGUCGAACUUGUGAGAUUAGAAGCUGUAUUUGAUGUAUUAGAUGUAUAUCUUUGGUUAAGUUAUCGAAUGCCGGAUAUGUUUCCUGAUACCGAUGGAGUCAGGAAUUUGCAAAAAGAAUUAGACAAAACUAUUGAAGAAGGAGUUCGAGUAAUUGCAAGACUGUUCAAAGCAGGUCUUUCAGGAAAAUCGACAGAAAGGUCUGAGAAGAUACAACCUAAUGAACAAUCGCUAGGAAAAAAUACGUUAGCUCGUUCAUUAAUAUCACGAGGUCUUUUAACGCCGAAGAUGUUAGAACAAUUAAAAGUAGAGUGGUCGACGGAAAAUAGCAAAGGAAAAACAGUGAACAAAAACUACGAACAUAAUUCAUUUAUAUCCAAAUUUCGCAGAUGAAAUACAUAUUUAGUGUUAUUACAAUUCAAUUUAUAUAAAAAUUAUAAAGUCAUA